AUGGCCAUAGCACUUAAGCAAGUCUUCCUUAAAGAUAAGACUUUCCGCCCAAAGCGCAAGUUUGAACCUGGAACCGAGAGGUUUGAACUUCACAAACGAGCGCAGGCAUCUCUCAGGUCAGGUGUGGACUUGAAAGCAGCUGUGCAGUUGCCCAGUGGAGAAGACCUAAAUGACUGGGUGGCAGUUCAUGUUGUUGACUUCUUCAACAGGAUCAACCUCAUUUAUGGAACUAUAUGUGAGUUCUGCACAGAGAGGGUCUGCCCAGUGAUGUCUGGAGGCCCUAAGUAUGAGUACCGGUGGCAGGAUGACUUGAAGUACAAGAAGCCCACUGCGUUGCCAGCACCCCAAUAUAUGAAUCUUUUGAUGGAUUGGAUCGAGAUGAAAAUCAACAAUGAGGAUAUAUUUCCUACGAGUGUAGGUGUUCCCUUUCCAAAGAACUUUCUUCAGGUCUGCAAGAAGAUACUCUCUCGGCUUUUUCGGGUGUUUGUUCAUGUCUACAUCCAUCACUUCGACCGUAUCGUGCUGAUGGGGGCUGAGGCACAUGUCAAUACCUGUUACAAGCAUUUUUAUUACUUCGUGACAGAGCUCAACCUCAUAGACAGCAAAGAACUAGAGCCUUUG